AUGAUGGCGCAUAGAUGUGGUCGUAUGGUGAUGGGUCCAGUUUACGGUGUGGACAAUGGUGGCUUUUUUAACCUUUUGGCGGGGGUUUCAAAUCCAUACCGUAAACCUAAUCCACAAAGUGAUGAAGAUGGCGGGAAAAUUCCCAGUUACUCAGUGAUCUGUUUUGUUCCGAGAGAAGAAGAAGAAGAAUCCGAGGAAGAAAACUCUGUUAAAUUUCACUCCAUGGAAAAGUACUUGGUCACUGUAAAAAACCCAUCUUCGCAAAAUCCAAAAUCCAUAAGGAGGCGUCGUUGGAAGAGAAGUCUAAUUGAAUUAACCGGAAAAUUUGAACCAGAUUAUCGCCACGACAUUUCUUUUCUUUUAACGCAAUCUUAUUCUGAGAUCGGAAUCUAUCCUCAUACAUAUCACAUUGACGGGGAACCAUGCCGCACCCAUGUUGAUUGGUUUUCCAAUGCUGGAUUGAAUAAUAACCCAAGUGUAAACGGCAGGCUGGGUGUUACUUCACUUGAACUUGACUCCAAGGGAGUAUACCUGGCAUCGGUAACAAAAUCAGGUUGCUUAACCGUGCAUGACUUUGAAUAUCUUUGUAACCCAGAUUCGAAAGAAGAUGAAGCAAAGCAAUUGUUACACAUUCCUACAUGUCAACAGCUUGAUGUCAUCCGGUGGAACCGUGCUAACCAAGACGAGGUUGCCUGCACGUCAACAAAAAGUAGCGAAAUUCAUAUUUUUGACAUUGGAUAUAUAUCUCUCGAACCAGUUGAAGUGCUGAGAAAGAGACCUACUAUCACUGUUCAUGGUUGUUCUGUUCACAAAGGUUUAUCUGACAUAGCUUUUUCUUCUGAUGACAAUUCAAGGUUACUUGCUUCAGAUAUGAAUGGUGUAAUAAAUGUGUGGGACAGAAGAGUUAGCAAUCUUCCCUGUUUAGAGCUGUAUUCUGAUUCCAACUGCACACUUAACAGCAUCAAAUUAAGUGAGGAUAAUGAGAUUAUUUUUGGAGCUAGCAAGCAGGGAAAGGUAUAUAUGUGGGAUCUACGGGGUGGAAGAUCGUCUAACGCUUUCCAAAAUCAUAAGGGAUAUUAUUCUCCUCUAUCAUCAGUGAAAUUGGCGCACGAGCUGGAGAAAAUAUGGUCUUUGAAGGCUCAAUCAAAUAUUGUUUCAAAGGAAAUACACUCAAUUGAUAUUGAUCCGUCUUGCCCUCAUCAAUUGGCAUUUCAUCUUGAUGAUGGCUGGUCAGGUGUUCUGGAUAUUCACAAGUUGCAAGUGACACAUAUCCAUUGUCCUCCCCCACCUUGGUUGGAUGAGUUCAAUGAUUUGGAAAAUGUCUCAUACUUGAGAAAACCAUGCUGGCUUCCAAUGUACUCGAUCUAUGUCGUUGGGUCUUCAUCUAGUAAUGGCAUUCAUCUUUUGGAUUUCUAUCCUGACCGUAGCUCCCCCUGUCAUGUGGACUACAAUGGCGAGAAUUUAAGGAGCACUGAAGAACCAGCAUACCAGCAUAAACAAAACAGAUUUCUGUCGUUGUCUGAAGGUGUUACUGCAUGUGCAGCUCAUCCCCUAAACGGUACUAUUGUGGCCGGAACCAAGCUAUCAUCACUGCUGAUGAUUUCGCAGAAUACAAUGCCAUGCUGA